CCCAUUUCAGUCUCUUCACUCUUCACUCACUUCCUCCUCUGUCCAUCUCUGUUCCAGUUUCUCAUUCCUUCAUCUGGGCUGGCGAACAAGAAGAGGACCAAACCUCUAGCACAAGAAGAAAUCUUUCCCAUCUUCAAGUCCUUUCUAUUCUCCUACUUCCACCGUCGUUUUCCCCUCCUCACACAAUAGCAGACCCAUAUAUUGCCAUAGAGCAGACCUAGAAUUGGUGUGCCCAGGUUUUAGCCUCCAAUAGACCCGUUUUUAGGCUGUGGAAUCCAACACCAGUAAGCCGGAAUGUCUAGAACAAGUACUCAAGGUUAGUGCUAUUUCGUCAUCUCAUUCUCUUCUUCUUUUCUCCGUCGCCUUCAACUCUUCUUUCCCAUGUUUCAUUGCCGCCCCUUCUUCAAACUUUCAAACUCGCUAGACAUCUAGGCGAUUUGAAAGGACAACACCUAAAUUAGAUCGUUUCAAUAUGCUUGGUGGAAAUUGCCCAACCUCAUGAACGGAAAGGAGAAAGGAUAAUUUUCAUAUGAAUGUGGCUAAUGCCUUUUCAAGUACAAGCAUGCAAGCAAAGCCCAGGUCAUUAAUACAUGGAUGAUUAGUUUUGUUGUAUGAGAUAUUUGAAGUACAUAUCGUGAUGAGACUAAUGAGUAAUGGCACUGUCUGUUCUUGCUAUGAACUUGAAGUUUGAUUCUCUCCAUCCAAAUGAAUGCUCUUCAGGUGAGGAGCACAACGACAUAGAUGAUGUAGACCAAAAUGCUAAACUAGACGCUCCUUUCUCAAGAGGUGACCCAGUUAAGGCAUUUGUUGAUGAGGAAGAUGAUGGAACUGAUAAUGAGAGGCAAGUUUACCAUUAUUUAUAUUCCCUCCGUCCCUAAUAACUUUGCUAAGUUUGACCGGCACGGGAAAUAAUAAAAUAAAAAUUGUGUGAUUGAGGUUUGUGCAGAGGAGAGAAUAAACUGGAACCACAAUUCUUUACUUAAAAGAGAAAGUGACAAAGUUAGUGGGAUAUCCAAAAAAAGAAAGUUGACAAAAUUAUAAGUGACGGAGAGAGUACUACUUUGGGAAUAUUUGUUUUAAUAAUAGCUCUUUUGGGAUAUUUGUUUUCUUAUGAAAUAUGCAAGUUUAUCUUUAUUUAUACUACUUUUGAUAUUAUGACUCUAAAUUUUAAGAGGGUGUUUAUUGGUCAAGUAAGAAAUGGAUUAUUUUCAUUCGUGAUUUCUAUCACUUAAUGAAAAAUUAAUAAUGACACUAAUCCAAGCGUCAACCGAGAUAAGUAAGGAAUGAUUGGGUAUUAAAAAUAGCUAUUUUGAACUAUUUGUUCUUAAGACAUGUUAGUCCCAGAUUCUUUAACAAACAAACAACCAUAGCAGAUAAAGAAGUAGAUAGAAAGAUAUCAGAUGAACAAUGAAUCUGGUAUAUCGUGAACUAGCCGCUGCUCUCCCUCGAGGAGAGCAGCGUAAAACCUAAUCUCUAUCUCGCCUCUAUUCUAUCAAAGUCCUAGGUUUUCCCUAAGUUACCUUCCUUUUAUAGGAGAAGUUGGCUAACUUAUGGAUUACAAACAAGGUAAUGGGCUGGUAUACAUUUGUGGCCCAUAUUACACAUUUAAUUAAUAACUACACAAAUACAAAGAUAUUUAAUUAGAUUGGACAACAUAAAAUAUUCCCAACAAUCUCCCCCUUGGUGUUCAAUCGUAUUCAAUCAACAUUGCCACGCAGAUAUCUUUGUCUUUGUGCUCCUCUUCUUCAGUGUAGCUGAGUUUCCUUUGACUUGCUUGUAAAUCUUACCCUCCAACUUCAGUGAAGUCCGAAAGCGCCUCUAGAAUGAAUGUCCUGCUGAUUUCCAGGCGUGCACGGGAUUCAUCUUCACAUCCCACAGCCAGAUCAACCCGAAUCCUCAACCAACCAAUAGCCACCCUACUCCAGCCAAAACCAAAACCAAGCAAACCUUUCUAGCCUGGUUGAGCUAGACGAAACAUUCUGAGGCUUCUCCUAAAGAUACAGACCGAGGAGGGAAUGGAAGUCCUGAUGAUGUUACCUCAGGUACAUCUUUACAAUCAGGCCAUCAGCCAGAACCUAGUUCAAAACUGAUGUCAACGGGAAAUCCAAGUGAACCUGGCUCUACCUCUCAGGACAUGCCUUCACAACAGCACCAGCAAGCUUCCCCAGCUCCGUCCAUGGACAUUCAUGAUGAACUGGAAGACAUAAUUGUGCACGAUAAACGGCCGAGCAAGUGGACGGAGUGGGACAACAUAAGGUGUGAAGAAGAGCAGUACGAAAUGCAAAGAUGUUGGUACAUUAGAGAGCUGAUUGCAAAGUGCGCUGCAGAUAUAAUUCAGCUUGAUGAAGAGGAACUCAAAGAAGGGGAAGACUACACUAAGACUCCUAAGGAACUCGAAUCAGCUAUUAGACAAUCAAGGGCCCAAAUGCCCAAGAGUGAAAAGCCUUGGGAGAACGUGCGGAUAAAUGCCCCCUUCCAAGAGGAACUCAGAAAGCGAAUAUGGCGUAAACCGGAGAAAGUUAAGCAACUUGACGAGCUGAAACUCCGAGGACUCACACACUUAAAAGGAAAGCAAGUUGGUGGGCAUCUUCAUAUGCUCAGUCAUAGAUCCACGGGGAAAUAAAGAGAGUCUUGGAGAAAGAUCUGAAGAACAACACACGUCCAAUUUGUGACAUUCUCAACAUACAAGAAGAAGAUCAUCAAAGCAUACCAUUCUACAGCUUCAAGCUGCAACGCACUAAUUCGAGCGAAUUUGUUUUCCAAGAGAAUGAUCUCAUUAUGCUUAAGAUAGAUGAUGUAUAUCAGAUGUUCAUGGCUUGCAGAUUUCUUCCAAUCAGCUCCAGUAGAGUCUGCAAAGAGGGAUUUAAAGCAAUCAAAAGAUUCAUGCUGAGACAAGUCCACUUUCAUGCCUCUCACGAUCUUCAAAUGGCAUUGGAAAACAACAUCCCAAAGGUGAAUCUAGCUAGACCAAUUCUGUAUGGACAUGAGCUCAAAGACUUCAGAGCAAAUCAUAUUUUUGAGACUCCGCCUGCAGUGAUUUAUUUGAAUCAUAAGCAAGAGAAACGCCUGAUGGUGGUGAGUGAGAUCCACAAGGACUGUGACGGAACAUUGAAGAUUAUUCAGGAGAAGCUGCGAUCUAUCAAAGAAGAUCUUGAAAGCAAACUUGUUGAUGCUGCAGAUGAAGAGCUAAAAGAGCAUGACAGAGUGCUAACCAUCCUCAAUGCCAUAAGUGAACAACUCGACAAAAGAAGGUCACUGAGACUGUAUGAGCACGCGCUGAAGAUUCGAAGAAGCUACUAUAAAGCUCGGAGAUAAAAGCAGGACGACACUUCAUCACAAAGGGGGAGAUUGUUGAAGUCUAUUCUAUUGUGAAUCAAGUUUGUCAUUUGUCUUGUAAUAGCUCAGCCUUUAUUAUACCUCUAUGUAUUUAUGCUUUGUAUUUAUUAGGGUAUAAAGGAUAUGGGGCCAAAGUUGUCAGGCCCAUAUUCCUAGCAUAAAGCCUGUACGCAAACCUACCUUCGCCUAUAAAUAUGUGCAUAAGGUUUAAGUUUGCGUUAAUUUUGAGAUUCGACCUUUAGAGCUUCAGUGCCAACAUCAUUUUGUAAAAGGUUUACACAGUAUACCAGAGAGGGUUUCAACUAUCUUCAUAUUGUCACAUUAUUCUGUGAUUCACUCUUUGAUAUAUUGCUAUUAGAUUAUCAUCUCUAUAAACAGGGACCAACAAGACCCAAAAAAUUACUUUUUGUUAUUAAAAGUUAUUAAGAUUUACUUUGCUUUUGCAAAUUUACCUAUUACUUACACCAAUUCCCAUAUUAGGACUUCCCAUUCUUGAAGGUUGAAGGAUCCACGACCUAACUAAGUAUUAAAAUGAAACAAUUGACCGGGAUUGAAGAGUCUUAUCAAUGACUCAGGGAGACAUUCUCUUGCAAAACUUAUAGUACAAAUCUUUUCUAUUUUUAUAACAAGACAUUCGUUGGUAUGGAGAUGUAUAAAAGGAAAGAAUUGAUCGGGAUUGAAAGUUCUUAUCGAUGAGACAGGGGCAAUCGUUAAAAAUAAUGGGAGUUUUUCUGCGAUGUUCAAUUUUUCUGCAUGUAUAGUUGUUAGUUGCGGUUUCAAGGCUUGAAGUUCGUGAUAUGCGAUGACGGGGAUAAUCAGGAAAAACUAAAAUGAGUUGUCUACAAGGAACUUUUCAAUAAUUUAUAAACGAGUGCUUAUAAAAAUUCUAAUAUUUGUUAUUAUAUAUUUAUUGAUUACUAUAUAAAUAUUACGAUCUAAUUACAUUUAUAUGUUAAUAUUUAUAAUAUCUUCAUUUUACGCCCCGUGCAACGCACGGGUGGAAUACUAGUUUUCAAUCUUAAGUGACAAAUUAAUCAUUAAAUGUCUAUAGAAGGUUCCUACUUUCAUUUGUUGGAUGUCCCAUAUCAAAGUUUUCAUUUCCAUUUUAGGAAACAAUUAACAAUCUUAAAUGACAAAUUAAGUAUUAAAUAUUAAAAAUAACACAUUUAUAGCAUCACAGUUAUCAAUACUAACUACAUUAUAAUAUAUACCUAUUAAAACUAUUUCUCAAAAUAUACUCGAAGUACUUUAUUUAAUUAUUGUCUAAAUAACCGUGCCGUUUUGCUAUGAGAACCUUCCAAUGUGACGGAUAUAGUGCAUCUUAUUUCAAGAAAAACAUGUUAGUAUCAAAACUUUUGUAACGACUUCUAAAAAAAGGAUGACACCCCAUCCCUGAGGCCCCCCCAACCCCGCCCGGACAGUACGUUGAGAGGAUGCAAGUUGGACUAUAAUCUCAAUCUGAUAGAUAGAGAGUAGGGCUCUGUACCCGGUACUUGCAGAGGCCCUAUGCAUUUUUUAGCUUAGUAACCUCUCAUCGCAGUUGUCGGGAUUCGAACCCGGGACCUAACCCUUGUGGCACUCCCUCGCUACCAGUUGAGCUAUGCCCACUGAUAAGUAACGACUUCUAUUACAUGACUGGUGUGCUUUUAUGUUAUGCUAAUACAAAUCCGCACGGGUAGCUCAAGUGGGAAAAUUGGACAAAAUGUUAUGCUAAUACAUGUUUUGCAUUCUUUGUUGGUCUGCUCCGGUUAAAAUGACAAUACUCUGAUCCGCUCCGGUCUUAAACAUAAGUUAUUUUGAUUCGGUCUUGAAUUCAAUUAUUUCGGGAUUCCGAUUCCGGUCCAAACCAGUUCAGAUGUGAUCUAGUCCUUGACCGGUGUUCACACCUGGAUGCUGAUAGCCUAACGUGUUUAACUUCCGAACAAGUCUUUUGUGGGAUGUCCAAUUCUACAUGACUGGAUCGCCAAUUCGGUUGCACCAAAUUCAUGCCACUAUUUAAUAAUUUUAAUAAAACAACAAAAACUUCAAUUUGGUUGGUUUUGACUAAUGACUGCGUUAAUCUAUUGUAGCCUAGAAAUUGUAUAGGGUCAACCCCCCCAUGGGUCCCUGAACUGAAUUGACAGAGAUAUUUUAGAGCAUUUUAUUGUUAAAAUUCUUACGCAAUUAAGCCUUUUCACUCCUAUGUUUGGACUUUGGGUACAUAAAAAAUUCCCAUGAAUUUAUCGGAAAGUAAAAUCGGCAGUUUUAGACUUUUAGGCUCCGAGAAAGAACAGAAUAACAGGCCGGGUUUUCAUCAAGAAGGUUUUAUUAAAAGUACUUUCCUUCAUAAAAAAAUUACUCUUCUUUUAAUCCUUUAAUAACUUUCUUUUCUUUCCAAUUGGAGUUUGCACUUGGCACCACCUUAUUAACAGAAAUAUAUAUAGAGAAUAUUACCCAAAAUAGGACUAAAAAGGUUUGAAAUUUCUAAAAUAGGCCUGCCUGCCAUAAUAUUCAAUACUUUGAACUUCAAUAUGCACUACAAAUAAUGUAAAGAUGCACUCUUUGAAUUUCAAUAUGCAAUACAAAUAAUGUAAAUAUGAAACUGCUAUUUUAUGGCUUGAAUAAUAUGAAACAUUUUGAACUUCAAUGUGUAAUACAAAUAAUGUAAAGAUGAUUUGAAUGAGAGGACUAGUUUGUAUGUAAUCUCACCCCUACAUCUUUAGAUUAUUUUUACUGCAUAUUGAAGUUUAAAGUGAUGCAUAUUAUUGAGUUUGUAGGUUAGUAUUUUAAGCAUGGUUUGUAUUUGAACUCUUAUAUAUAUAUGUGUGUGCGCGCGCGCGUGCGCCUAUACAUUGAAAAUAUUAACAGUAGUGAUUAUAUGAAAUAAUAGUUAACGUGCUCUUAAAAAGUACUCCAUAAAUUUAACAAGAUAUUAUCAUGAUUGAACAACGAGAUUAAAUCAAAUAUUAGGAUAAGCCGAUAAGGUAAAUAGAGGAUAUUAGGCGUGAUUAUAGUAAAUGAUUCGAAAUUAGGUGCAUAAGGUACACAUGCCAUAAAAUUUUGAAAACAACGUCUGAUUAAAACGCUUGAAACAGAAUAACUUACAAUAAAAUAUGAUCAAAUCAAAUAUUACACUAGUAAAAAUUUGUUAAAUUGCGUCACGUCAUUUGAGACGCUUAAUAAACAAGCGCCUUCAAAAUAUACGACGUGCGGCGCUUUUCUCUUUAAGCGCCUCUAAUAUGUGUUUAAUUUUUUAAUUAUUUAAUUUUUCGCGUCUUUGCGGCGCUUAUUUAUAAAAGCGCCGCAGACUGACGCCAAAUUUUUAUUCAAAAAUAAACUAAUUUUUUUAAAAAUCGGAUUUUUAAAAGAGGCGUGCGGCGCCUAUAUGCAAAAAGCGCCGCAUACGUGUUCCGAUUUCCUAGGCGGCGCUUAUAUUUCAAAAGCGCCGCAGAAAAUAAACUACUUUUUUUAAAAAUUCGGAUUUUUAAAAGGGGCGUGCGGCGCCUUUUUGUAAAAAGCGCCGCAGAAAAUAAAUUACUUUUUUAAAAAAUUCGGAUUUUUAAAAGGGACGUGCGGUGCCUUUUUGUAAAAAGCGCCGCAGAAAAUAAACUACUUUUUUAAAAAAUUAAGAUUUUUAAAAGGGGCGUGCGCCGCCUUUUUGUAAAGAGCGCCAUAGCCGGUCGCUCGCAGCAGAGAAAUAGAUUUUUCUGGGAUAAACCCUAAGGCCGGCCGAUUACAUCGUCGCACCUAGUCCGCCACUCCUCCGCUCACCGUCGUUGCCGUCGAAGCCGUCGAGGGUCGUCCGUCCGCCGCUCACCUUCGGAGGUUGCCGUCGAAGUCGCGCGCACCCUCGUGACCCAGCGGCCGUCGCACCUCCUCCGCUCCUCCGCUCAACCUCCGCCGCUCCUCCGUUCAACCUCCGCCGCUCCUCCGCUCAACCUCCGCCGCUCCUCCGGUCCGCUUACUCCAACCUCCGAUCCGCAGGUAUGUAUAUUUUUUAAUAAUAAUUUUUUUCAAUAUUUUUUAUUUUAAUUAAUUUUGAGUAAUAUAAUUUUGGAAUAGUUGUAAUGAGCAGCAAAAUACUUCCAAGAGGUUGUUUUAUAUUAGCAUAACCCUCAAUUGCAAUCUUACAUAAAAAGUGUGCUUAAAAAGAAAAAAAGUAUGCAAUAAUUUAUUUUUAUUUUUUUAUUUUUAGAUAAAGUUUAGUGUUGUUAAUCAUGGAUCGUAGCUGGAUGUAUGGUUUGAGAAAUACUUCUCAAUUUUUCAAUGGUGUUCAUGAGUUUGUGAAAGUGGCUGUUGCGCAUCAGAAGCAACAAGGACAAAAAGGAAUUUUAUGUCCUUGUUCAAUGUGCCGUAACAUUAAAAGAGAGAAUGACGUGAACAUAGUUCUUCAACAUUUAUUUGAGAAGGGUUUUAGAGAAAACUAUAUGACAUGGACAUUCCAUGGUGAGAAUCGUGUGGAUGUCGAACACCUUUUUCCUGGAGCAACUUCUAGUCAUCUAAAGCGUAAAGCUACUCAUAUUACUACUACUUCAAAUGAUAUUGAUGAUGGUGUUGCGGAUGAUGAUGCCAAUGAAGAUAGAAUUGAUGAACUCUUGAAUGAUGUUUAUGAUAAUUUUGAUUAUCAACCAAAAUCUUAUGAGAAUUUGAUUGAGGCCGCCAAUAUAUCGCUAUUCACGGGUUCUGAAUUCUCCAAACUAUCUGUUGUUCUCAAAUUAUUUCAUUUGAAAGCUAAACAUGGGUGGAGUAAUGUUAGUUUCACUGAGUUGCUGAUAUUGCUUCAAGAAAUGCUUCCAGAAGGAAAUACACUUCUCGAUACGAGCUAUAAGGCUAGAAAGUUGUUGUGUCCAAUGGGAACAGAAUGGGAGAAGAUUCAUGCAUGCCCAGCCGAUUGCAUACUGUACCGCAAUGAAUAUGAAAACCUAAAUGAAUGUCCAAAGUGUCACACUUCACGUUAUAAGAAGAAGAAGGGUAUUAAUGUUGGGUUUGAUGCUGAAUACACCAAAACACCUGCCAAAGUGUUGUGGUAUCUUCCUAUCAUUCCUAGAUUUAAAAGAUUAUUCAUGAAUGAGAAAGAUGCAAAAAACUUGGUGUGGCAUGCUCAAGAUGCACCACAGUGGAGGCAAAUUGAUUUGAAAUAUCCUGAUUUUGGCAAAGAAGACAGGAAUUUGAGACUUGGAUUAUGCACUGAUGGUAUGAAUCCAUAUGGCACAUUGAGUAGUCAACAUAGUACUUGGCCAGUUUUAUUGGUUAUUUAUAAUUUGCCUUCAUGGUUGUGCAUGAAGAGGAAGUACAUAAUGUUGUCUCUGCUUAUCUCGGGACCACAACAACCCGGUAAUGAUAUUGAUGUGUACCUCGCACCAUUAGUUGAUGAUCUUAAACUUAUGUGGAAUGAGGGUGUUACAGCAUAUGAUAUGCACACAAAAACAAAUUUUAAUUUGUGUGCUUUGUUGUAUUGCACUAUUAAUGACUUUCCAGCUUAUGGAAAUCUUUCUGGAUAUACAGUUAAAGGUGGAAAUGCAUGUCCCAUUUGUGAAGAUGACACUCUUGAUUUGCGAUUACCCAAUUGCAAAAAGAAUGUAUACAUGAGUCAUCGAAGAUUUCUUCCACGAAACCAUCGUUAUCGUGCACUCAAAAAGGCAUUUAAUGGAAAAGCUGAACACGGUGUUCCUCGACGUGUAUUAAGUGGAUCAGAAAUAUAUGAUAAGGUCAAAGAUUUGAACACGGUUUUUGGUAAGCCAUAUAAGCGGAACAAACAUAGUUUGUGGAAGAAGAAGUCUAUUUUUUGGGAACUUCCGUAUUGGAAGGACUUAUCUGUGAGGCAUUGUCUUGAUCUUAUGCACAUUGGAAAAAAUGUGUGUGACAGCAUCAUUUCGACCAUUAUGAAUGUUCCCGGAAAGACAAAGGUUGGAAUUAAUAUCUGAAAAGACAUGAUUGAACAUUUAAAUAUUCGAAAAGAAUUGGCACCACAACCGCGGGAAAAUGGUUUUUAUCUUCCACCAGGUUGCUACACACUCUCAAAGGUUGAGAAACGAAUUUUUUGUGAAAGCUUAUAUGGCAUCAAAGUGCCUUCUAGGUAUUCUUCAAAUUUUAAGAAUCUCGUAUCAUUGAAGGAUAUGAAAUUGGUUGGUUUGAAGUCUCAUGAUUAUCCUGUUCUGAUGCAACAUUUGUUGCCUGUUGUUCUACGAGGGCUUUUACCUGAUCAUGUUAGAUGUGCGAUCAUGAGGUUGUGUUUCUUCUUCAAUUCCAUAUGUCAGAAAGUGAUUCACCCUGAGAAACUUGAUGCGUUGCAAGCUGAAGUGGUUAUUACAUUGUGUCAGCUUGAAAUGUAUUUUCCACCUUCACUAUUUGACAUUAUGGUGCAUCUUGUGGUACAUCUGGUUAGAGAAGUCAAGAUGUGUGGUCCUGUGUUUUUACGAUACAUGUACGGAAUGGAAAGACAUGUGUGAUAUUUGAAAUCAAAGGUGAAAAAUCGAUGUCGACCUGAAGGAAGUAUAAUCAGGGGUGUAAUUGAUGAAGAAGUCAUUGAAUUUUGCACACCUUAUUUGAUGAAUGUUGAAUCAUUAGGUGUUCCAAAGUCUAGACAUGAUGAUAGGAAUGAAGGAAAAGGCAUACUUGGAAAGAAAUUACUAAAGAAUGUGGACAAUGAGUUAGUGGAAAAGGCCCAUCUUCUCGUGUUGCAUCAUUUAGAAAUUAUUUCUCCAUAUGUGCAACAACAUAUGAAUGCUUUGAAGACUCAAUUUCCGUUGAAAAGUGAAGUAUGGUUGACUAAAGAACACAAUCGUACGUUUUCAUCUUGGUUUAAAGACUUCAUCUUCAAUGACAGGAAUGAUGUUUAUAAUGAGGUUGAUGAAGAUGUUAAGUGGUUGGCUUAUGGUCCUAAAUGCACAAUUGAUUCAUAUGAAGCAUACAAUAUCAAUGGCUACACCUUUUAUACUACCCGACAUGAUGCCAAAUCUGUAUUACAGAAUAGUGGGGUAUCAGUGGUAGCAUCUUCAACAGAAUAUGCAAGUUCAAAUGAUCAGAAUCCUCUUUAUGCAACAAUGUCUUACUAUGGAAAAAUUGAGGAUAUAUGGGAGUUGAAUUACACGAACAGGAGUUUUUCACUUUUCAAGUGUCAGUGGGCCGAUAUUCGAAGAGGUGUUCAGCGUGAUCAAACAGGAGUGACAUUAGUGGAUUUUACUCGACCCGGAUAUCGUGAUGAUCCGUUUAUACUUGCAUCCCAAGCUGAACAAGUUUUUUAUGUAGAGGAUCCCUCAAACAAACGAUGGUCAGUUGUUUUACCAGGUAAGAAAAAAUUAAAUGUGGAUGAUUGUGACGUUGGAGAAGAUGAUUAUAUUGAAGAUAUGCCGUCAUUGUCCACUGGCAUGCAUGACAGAAAUGCAACAAUCGAUUACAAUGAAGAUGAUCUUUCAUUUGUUGGAAAUCAUAGCGAUGGCAUAGAAAUUUUCUUCAAAAAGUCAAAGUGAUAUCAUGAGUGAAUUGAGCUACACACUUUGAGUGAUAGUGAUGGAGAUGACUUUAUUCUCAAUGAGGAACCUCAUGUUACGGCGGAGGAACAUAGUAGCAGUGGGCGCAGAACUAGCGACGGGAAAAAAUAGUUGAUUUUGAUAAAAAUGGUCAGCCAAUUGGUGCGUGGGCGGAGAAGUUCAAAUCUUUUGUGGACAAGAUAGUACGUGCUCGAUGUGGAAAGAGAUCCAGGAUGAGUAUUUUGUUGAUGACACCAUGUACAAGUUGACCAUAAAAAAGAUGGGAAAGUUACAUCGGGACUUUAGAAACCGAUUGAGGACUGGCUUUUUUUAUAAGACACGACCAGUUGGACAGGAUAGUGGUGAAGCUUAUGUGAAGUAUAAAGGCAUUUUGACACAAGAUGUGUGGGAGGAUUUUAUCGCUAGGAGCAUGACUCCGGAGUUUCAGGAAUUAAGUGAUAAAAACAAACAAGCUGCGUUACUGAAUAUUUACCCUCACCAUAUGGGUCGCUCCGGAUAUGCACUUUCCAUACCGAAAUGGAAAGAUCAAGGAUUACUAGAUCAGUUUUUGACUAAGUCUGAAGUGGAUUCCACAAAAUCUAGCGUAUCUUCUGAUGACAUUCCGAGACAUGUGAGUUGGUUUUAUGCUAGAUCUGGAUUGACAGCAGAUGGACAACUAGCUUUCCCAGUAACACCGAAGCCAUGAAAAAGAAGAAAGAAAAACUUGAUAAAAUUCAAGAUGAUGUUGCUACAGGGACGUGGAAGCCACACGGACGACAUGAUAUUCUUACCGAGAUAUUUGAGAAACCUGAUUAUCCUGGACGUGUACGCGGUGUUGGAGGAGGUGUGGGGCAUAAAAGAGUGUUUGAGCGAGAGCCGAGGAGUUCACGUAAGAUUGGUAAUUUGAGCGAUGCUGAUUUGAAGAAGUUACAGAUCAGUGGAUGAAAGAUAUGGAAAAAGCUUUUGCUCAAAGAGGAUUCCAAUCUACCACAUUUCCAUCUACGCAUUCUCAAACAGUAGAUGCAGACACUAUGAACUCCACCGCACCUAUUCCACGAAAUUUUUUGUUGACGGUUCAUCCUGUAAGCUAGCUGUUGAGUCACAAACAGAAGAUGGACACAAAGAUUUGAAAUAUGUAGCAAUGGCUUUGGCUUAUAAUACAGCCCCGGGGGCCAUGAUACAUAAUAUUCCGAUGUCUGCUAAUACCAUUAAAGUUAACAUAUCUAUGAUUUAUACAGGUUUUGAGCAAUGUCCUCUUUUAGUUCCAAAUGAAAAUGCUGAUAUAUAUGUGUUGACAAACACUAUAGGAUCAUUUGUUGAGUGGCCUAGUCAUUUAGUAUUUUUUGAAGGAGAGGUAAAGUCAAAGCGGAAAGAUGUGAUUCAAAAGAAUAAAGCUUUUAUUCCGAGAGAGUCUCCUCGGGUUGUGGUUCCUCCUAGCACAUACCCAUUGGUUAGUGAUACUAUUUUGCAGUCACUAACUGAAGAUUUAUUGGAGCUACAUGAGAUGCUAGAGUGGUAUGAGCCAGAGGUGUGUAAAUUCUCUAUUGCUUUACCUGUUGAUGCUUUUCACUAUCCGCAAAACAGUGAAUUUGGGACUAUCAUCGAUCGUAAAGACUUGGCUGAACUACUCGAGGGUGAUUCUGUGGAUAUGUGCAUCAUUCAAUCCUUUGCAUUAUUUCAUUGGAUUUUGAUAGUCAUUUGCCCCUCGGUUAAUAAAGGCUAUAUCUUCAAUUCAAUCCCAAGCUUUUCUAAUAUCAUCAUUCAGAAAGAUCUAGCAUUAGCAUACAGAGUUGCUUCCGCAAGAAAUGGUGAUGGAAAGCCAAUCACAUGGCAUAAUGUUAAGUGUGCCAGACAAAACGGAAACACAGAAUGCGGAUAUUAUACCAUGCGAUACAUAUGGGAAGUGAUUUCGUAUGUUGAUAGCUUUGAUAUUGGAAAGGAUUGGUAUUCAAGAACUGAGGCAUAUUCUGAAGAUGAGUUUAAUAACAUUCGCAAUAUAUGGGCAUGAUUUUUCUUGGAUAUACUCUUAAAUAUGUAAAAGUUGAUUACAUUGGUUAUGUAUUGUGUUAAGUGUUUUUUGAAAUCAUUUUUAUGAAGAUUUUUGUAAUCUGUUGGUUACUUGAAUUGCUUACACUUUGCUGAUUUUGUAAUUUGUGAAGUUCAUGUUGUUGAUAUUGUGAUGACUUUAAACAGUUU